UUUACUCUUCAUAUUCUUGCGCCAGGUUUUCGACAUUUUUGAGCGGCGCUUAAUUAGCCGGAAAGCUUGUGUUUUGUGAAUUAGACGUUGACAAACUGUUUGGGUUUUAGUGUUUUUUUUUAAAGAAGCCGCUUGGUGCGUCUGAGAGCCUAAGAGUUUAAUCUGCAUUUACAAACAUGGCUAGGCGUGGAUUCAGAAAACUUGAAGCAAUACUAAAAUUAGAAGUCUUCUUUGCGUCCUUGGAAUUUUUAAGUAUCAUUUGUUUUUAAUGCACACGUGAGGGAACGAAUGUCGGAGCGCAGGCUUAGUCAUUAUAAAGCAUACAUACGUAGAGUCAAGUCGUAGCUUAAUGACCGUUUCAGUAGCGCCUGUGUAUGCAUUUUUUUCUAUUCUUGGUUCAAACAUUCUUUCUUCAAGCAUUCGUGAGCAAAGUCAUCCUCUGUGUCCUGGUGCUCUCCAGUCUGACACCCUUCGUCAUCUCCGAAUACAGCUCCGACGAGGAUUUUCCGACCGAAACUCCCUCGCCGAUCCCAUUACUCAACCCUCGCGGCUUCGUUAACUGUGGACACGCCCAGAGGCAGCUGACGGUGGACAGUUCGCUGUUCAAUCUCGGCACUGUUUUGGACAAGUGCUGGCACCAUGGCGUCACUCUCGAUGAGAUUGAAUCCGGUCUUAAGUCCGUACCCGAACGCGAGGAUAUCGAGAAUUACGAAUACGCCGAUCUGUAUCUCCUUUGCGAGGAUGUCUUCACUGGAAAUACCAGCAAAUUGACCAGCAGUCUAGUCAGAGACUAUAUGGAGUGCCAGAGUGCUGGGGCUUUGCAGUUCGAGGUGAUGGGCUACGUGGAGAGACGCUUCGCUGAAAUCAUCGAGGUCUUUACCAUAGGCAAUCAAUCGCUGCGGAUCGACGAAUCGACGCUGGUGCCAUGUCGCAAUGCCUCGAAACGCAUAGUUAUGCUCUGUCGCGAGUACGGCAUCAGCGAGGACCAGUGGAGACGAGGCUUCCUGCGCUACUACUACAGCGACAAAUGGGUAGUGGAAGAGGAUCUUCUGGAUCUGAGUAUCACGUGCGAUCAGAUUUUCAAGGCAAGGCUGGAAGAGGAGGUGUUCGAGGAUCCGGUGGACAUGUUUGUCAGGUGUCAAAACACCAUGGGGAUACCCCAAGAUACGAGGGAUUCUUUCGAGAAGAGAAACGCCGAGAAGCUGAAGGAAAUCAGAGAAUUCGACGUCCAAGGACUCGACCUACGUAGCUACGUGAGCUGCCGACACCUGCAGCCCAUAAAACUCCGCAAUGGUUUGGUGAGCGUGUCCUGGUACGCCUACGAAAAAUGCAAAACGAUCGGAGUCAGCUACGCUGAGCUGCAAGCCGGUAUCGAGGCGAGAAUCGAUGACGAGGAGAUUUACAAGGAGAGAGACAUGAACGAAUUGUACGUCAAUUGCGAGACUGUGUUUAACGACGAGCUCUACAGCUUCAGUACUGCGCUGUCGCAGGAUUACGAAGCUUGCAAGGCGGCUGGACGGAUCAGCAGCAAGACGAGAAAGAUCAUUCAGAAGAAAUUCCAGAAGAUGUUCAAGAUUUUCGAAACAAAAAAACCGCAGCUUUCAAAGAACACAGACCUAGUAUCGCACCUCGUCCGCUGCACCAACUUUCCAGACAGAUUGGUCGAGCUUUGUCGUCGGCGUGGCUCGACUUUGGCCCAAGAACUACGUGGAUUCGGAAGUCUGGCACGUGUCCUCGGCGAUCGUUGGCUCAACACCGAACCACUCGAGCGCCUCUACGUCCGCUGCGACGAUCUCUUCGACGAUCACAAGAAAUACGUGAAGGAAGUUCCAGUCGACCAGUACAUGCAAUGCAGAUGGGUCGACGAAGUCAGCGAAGAGACGAAGAAGUUCAUCGACAAGAGAAUCUCCAAGCUGUACGUGAACAAGCACAAAUGGAACGGCACGAGGUAUAAGGGUGACUCCGAUGUCGAGAUCUCAUCCGUUAUUCUCUUCGACGAGGAUGGCAACAGCGAUGUUCCUAUUACACUGACGUAAUAAUGUACUCGAAGAGAUGUAUGCCUUAAAUUAUAUCGACAUUGUAGAAUUGUUCAUAAUUGUAAGAAGCUUCGCUGUAAAGCGGUUGUCAGCGAUGAAAAUUUUAUUCUAGUGUAGAGAACGAAAAAGUACGUAGACCAAAAUGUUAAUUUGAAAAGAAGGGAUAAACCCAUCGCCCGAAACUAUGGUCCAUAGAAUUUAAAGUAGCAGAUCGGGAGGGAUCGAAGCCAUUUAAAAUCCAGCGAACAUCCCGGUAUCAGUGAAAAUUUGAAUUUAAAAAUUACUUCACUUUCCAAAGUGCGCCUCGUGCGCUGAAUUAUUCAAUCUGUGAAAUUUAGAGUGCGACUAACGAUUUACGACUGUCUGCGAUUGGAUCCAAUGGGGAGAAUUAUCAUUUCCUUUUCGAGCGAUAUGUAAUCGCGGAUCACUGCAGAUGAAUCAUUCAUGGCUAUGGUGGUCUGCAGGUGACUUCUGAAAAUAGAUGUACAUGAGUUGUAUAGGAAAAUAAUCAUGUACGUGUAUACACAUCAGGUGGAUGUGAAAUACUCAAGGCAUUCAUAGUCAUUGUUGAAGUGUGGUAAUUACGUGGUCAGCUGGUGUAAAUGACCUCGUAUACUUUAGGAAUCAGGAAGGCCGACCGGUAUGUUUUACCAUAACGUGUAUGCGGACAAUAGAGCCACAUGGCCGUAUUAUUUUUAAUUAUAUCUUACAUGUAUUAUUAUUUUAUAA